AUGGCCUCUGAAGCCCCGUCUUCGACCGCGCUGCCUGCGCCAGAGGCCCCUUCCGACCACCUGUCCGUAAAUCUGCAGGUGCUGUCGCCAUCGACUGCCGCGAGCUCCAGCCGGCCUCUCGUCUUCCCCGGUCUCUCCGCCUCGACCACGGUUCGCCAGCUGAAAGAGAAGAUCCGUCAGUCGCUGCCUCUCAAGCCGACCGAUGCUCAGCAACGAUUGAUCUACAGGGGACGGCCCCUGCAGCAGGACGGGGACACUCUGUUGAACGUCAUCGGAGAGGAAGUCAUUCGCAACACCGACCAGCAGACUAUUCAUCUCGUUCUCCGAGACGUCGCGGAAACGCACCGCUCGACGACACCGACACCGGCGCUCGCUCGCGGCUCGAGCCCGGCGCCGCCGAUCGCCCAGUUCCACGUUCCCGUUAACGCCGGCGGUCAACCUCACCACGCGCACCACCAUGGAAGCCAGCCUACGGCCGCGGCCUUUACCAGGAGAACUCCCUUGAACCCGACCUCGAAUCCUCUGCCGUUCCCGACGCCGUCCCAGAUACCCUCGAACCUGACGCCGCAGCAGAUUCAGCAGAUGCAGGCGCAGCAGCACCAGAGCAUGGCGGCGUGGAUGAAUGGAAUACAUCGUGAGGCCAUGAAUAGAGCUAUGGCCAGCCAGCAAAUCAACCAAAAUCAGUCUAUGAGGGCGUCUCUGGGUCUGCAUGGCAUUGGUGAUCCCAACGCGCCCGCGAAUCCCGCAGACCCCACACGCGGCCGGGUCAGUCCUGCGAACCCGGAUGCGCACACGUAUGUUAGGGAGGGCGUGAUGCCGAACGGGCAGCCAUACCGUGUGACGGUCAACGAGACUGUUAUCGGCGGCUCGUUGAAUGUUCACGGCCAGGGUGGUACCGCGCCGCUGUCGGCCUCGGAGGUGCACAACAUACUCCGAGGCGCCGAUGCUGGUCAAGCAACUCUGGCCAUGACCAACGCCAUGCGACGGAGCGCCUCGAACACCUCUCUCGCCAAUGGCUCAGUCGGCGUGACGACGCCCUACUACCCUACGCCGGGAUCUAGGGCAAGCAGCCGGCGUGCUACGCCCGAUCCCACCGCACGUUCAGUCAGCGGCGGCAGCGGACACUCGGCUUCUAUGCAGCGGCAAUCGCCGAGCGGCCCGGAGGUUUACAUCUUGAACUCGCCGCAAGGACCCCGGGCUAUCCUCAUGAACAACAAUUCAGAAACAUACUACACACCAACCGUUAGACACCAGCCUCUUCCCUUCUACAAUCCGGCACAAGCUACUACCGGUUUGAGGAGACGGACCCAGUGGGUUCCUUUCCCAAACCCGGCAGUACCCCAAGAUGAGCAGCAGCCGGCCCAACCAGCCGAGCCUGCUCAGGCACAACCUCAACCAGAGGUUCAGCCGCAGGGACAACCUCCUAUCGCGGCUGUACCAGCCCACCCAAACAACCCCGGCAUUGCUCCAUUGAUUGCGCAAGUGUGGCCUCACUUCUGGUUGAUUGUUAGGCUCGGGCUGUUCGUGUGGUGGUUCACUUCGCCCAACGCCAGCUGGUCUAGGUGGUUUGCAGUGGUGUUCAUUGCCCUCAGCAUCUUCGUCUUGAACACGGGUCUGCUGAACGGCUUUUUCGACCAAGCCGUGGGACCGGUCAGACGUCAUAUGGAGAAUCUGAUCCCCUUGGCUGCGCCGAACAACCCCAAUGAGCCAGUGCGGCCCCGGCAAGGACAGGAUGUCAUCGGAGCAAACGGACAGCCCGACCCGGCACGCGCUGCGGCCAGACUGGUGGAUCAACGCAGACAUGACAAUGGCAACUGGUUGAUGGAUCAGGUGCGUCGGCUUGAAAGGGCCGGCCUUCUCUUCCUCGCCAGUAUCGCGCCUGGCGUCGCGGAGCGCCACAUCGCUCAUCUCGAGGCCGAGGCCCGCGCCGAGCGCCAGAGACGAGAAGAGGCAGAGGCUGCCGCCGCAGCCGCCGCUGCGGAGGCAGCGAAUGCCCAGAACACGGAGAACCAAAACGAGGAGACGACUGAGACGGGAGGAAACGACUCCGAGAACCAGACACAGGAAACCCAGGGAGAGCAGCCAAGGGAGGAGCAGCAGCAACAGCAUCAGCCGUUGGUGGCGAUUUGA